UGUUCAGUUGUACUAUUCAAGCUGUGUUGAGUUGAAGUAUAAGGAAUCCAUACAACAGUUAUCUCUUUGUGUCCAUCAGCGGCGCAGCAAUCCCUAUCCAGUCCCGUUCAGUUCAGUCACCCACUGCGUAUUUUGCACAUUUUGCCACAGAGUAGUGUGAAAUAUUCUGCAGUGUUGCGGCUGGUGCGGCACAAGCAGCUAAAUAUGCAGAUAGCAACAACAUAUCGCAGCAGAUCCAGUGACGAAGCACUCGACGAACAUUUAAAGUUACAGCAACAGCAGCAACGUCAACAAGCAAUGCCAAUGGUAAUGAAUAAUACACGUCGACAUAUUAGCGGCGUUCACAAUAUAGUCUUACCAGCAACACCAGCAACACCACCACCACCGCCGCCAUCAGAAGCCAUGCGGUUGCGUACUGAUUCGAAUGCGACCAGCAUUUAUGUGAUUGGCGCAGACGCAACGUCCAGCCACAAUGGCCCUGUAACGGCUACCAGCAGCGUUACACAGUCGGAUAGUAAUCCAGCAACAAUGGAACGUAAACAGCGCAAUCGUUUAUCUUGGGUGAAUAUGCGUCGAUUUGGUGCUGAUGCUGAUGAUGCGACUGUGAUGCAUGGUGAGCAUGAUGGU